CGCCUCCGCCGUAAAGCCGGCGUGCCCACGUGCGACAACUUCCCACUGGGAACCUUGGGUUUGGUUGUUGUGUUUUUUAUGUUGUGGUGGGAAGCUUGACGUUUCCGCUAUGGGCAAACGCCGGAGCCGUGGCCGCAGCCAGCUGCUCAGCACAAUGACCAAGAAGCAGAAGAAGCACCUCCGCGACUUCGGCGAGGAGCACCCCUUCUACGACAGGGUUUCCAAGAAGGAAGUCAAGCCGCAAAUUUGUCAGCUGUCAGAGAGCUCAGAUUCUUCACAUUCUGAAAGUGAAUCAGAGAGUGAACAAGAGCAUGUUUCGGGGUACCACAGACUGCUUGCUACAUUAAAGAACAUUUCUGAGGAGGAGGAGGAAGAGGAGGAAGAAGAGGAAGAGGAGGAAGAGGAGGAGGAAGAAGACAAAGAGGAGGUGGAUGACAGUGCUGUAGGUGAUGCGGAAAUGAAUGGUGAAGAUGGCGGUGAGGAUGUCAGUGUGGAAGAAACUGCAGAGUCCUCUGAGACACAGGACCAUAUGUCUCUGGCUGACAACUCAAAAGGAAAAGAUGGUGAAGAGCCACCUGGUGCAUCACAGAAAUCUUCAGAGGAAUUCACAGAUGUGAAACACGAGUCACUGUUCAGCCUGGAAACCAAUUUUCUAGAAGAGGAGAGUGGGGGCAGUUAUUCCCAGAGAACAUCCCAAGAUCCGUUUCAACAACACAUCAACAAAGAACUGAAAGAAAAGGAAAUUCAAGCUGCCGCCUCAAGCCCUCCAGCUACCGAGCAACUGAAAUGGCCAGUCCUGGGACAUCUUGUCUUUUCAUCAAAGUUCCAGAAGAUGGAAACAUUUAAACCUCCAAAGGAUAUUGACCUAAAGUCACUUCAUCUUCAGAAGCCCCUAGAAUCCACCUGGGCAAAAACCAACAGCCAAUUUCUAUCUGGUCCUGGUCCUCAAAAAUCAAGUAGCUGCUUUACCCCACUCCAGAAAGAGCUGUUCUUGAUUAUGAAUUCUUACCGGGACCUGUUCUACCCUGAGAGGACUGCCCUGAAGAAUGGAGAAGAAGUCCGCCAUGUGUACUGCCUGCAUGCCAUAAACCACGUCCUCAAAGCCAAUGCUCAAGUGCUGGCUAACAACAGCAGGCGCCGGACCCAGAAACUCGGGGUGGGUGACGAUGAUGACUUCAGGGACCAGGGGCUCACCAGGCCCAAGGUACUUAUAGUGGUGCCCUUCCGGGAAGCUGCCCUUCGGGUGGUCCAGCUCUUCAUCAGCCUCCUUGAGGGGGACAGCAAGAAGAAAAUCAUUGUAAGCAAUAAAAAGAGGUUUCAGGGGGAGUAUGGAUCUGACCCUGAGGAGAGACCUCCCAACCUGAAGAGGCCUGAGGAUUAUGAAGCUGUGUUCGUGGGCAAUAUUGAUGACCACUUCAGGAUUGGAGUGGCGAUACUUCAGAGGAGCAUCCGUCUCUACGCCCCGUUUUACUCCUCUGACAUCCUCAUUGCCUCCCCACUGGGCUUGAGGACCAUCAUUGGUGGUGAAGGAGAGAAGAAGAGAGAUUUUGACUUCCUGUCUUCUAUUGAGCUUCUGAUCAUUGACCAGGCUGACAUUUACCUGAUGCAGAACUGGGAACAUGUCUUGCAUUUGAUGAACCACAUGAACCUGUUACCCUUGGACUCACAUGGGGUGAACUUCUCUAGAGUACGCAUGUGGAGCCUCAAUAACUGGUCCAAGUAUUACCGUCAGACUCUGCUCUUUGGUGCCCUGCAGGAUGCCCAGAUCAACUCUGUGUUCAACAAGCACUGUGUCAACGCUCAAGGCCAAGUGGCCGUGAGGAAUGUCCCCAUGACGGGUUCCAUCAGUCAUGUGUUGGUGCAGCUACCUCACGUCUUCCAGAGAAUGGAAGCACAAGACCUAGCUUCAGUGAUCGAUGCCAGGUUUCACUUUUUCAUAAACAAGAUUCUGCCUCAGUACCGGGAUGCUGUCAUGUCUCACACCCUCAUCUAUGUCCCCUCCUACUUUGACUUUGUUCGUCUCCGAAAUUACUUCAAGAAAGAAGAACUGAACUUUACACACAUCUGUGAGUAUACACAGAGGUCUGGCGUCUCCAGGGCUCGACACUUCUUUCUCCAAGGAGAGAAGCAGUUUCUGCUCCUCACAGAACGCUUCCAUUUCUACAAAAGGUACACAAUAAAAGGCAUCAGGAACCUGAUAUUCUACGAACUGCCAACAUACCCUCACUUCUACAGUGAGGUCUGUAAUAUGCUGAGAGCCACCAGCAGAGGAGAGGAGGCCACAUGGACAUGCACUGUGCUGUAUUCCAAGUAUGAUGCCCAGAGGUUGGCUGCUGUGGUUGGUGUGGAGCGGGCAGCACAGAUGCUGCAGUCUCCAAAGAGUGUCCACCUCUUCAUCACUGAAGAAAAAUGAGCGUGGAGUGGGACAACUACAUUGAUGGACCUCAUAGACUUGGUCUGUUCACUGCCCAGGAGCAGGCUCUAGACAGUCUGCAGUCCUGUGUCCUGGAAAGUGCAGUGUGACCAGUGUGGGUAACCAUAGCUCUCGGGGCCCAGAGCAGUAUAAGGACUGCCACACUCAGAAACCAAAGCUUGUAACUUCUCAAUUAUGAUUUUAACUUUUUAAUUUAAUUAUUAUUUUAUAUGCAUUGGUGUUUUGUCUGUGUGUAUGUCUGUGUGAGGGUAUUGGAUCCCCUAAAACUGGAGUCCCCCACAGUUAUGAGUUGUGGUGCUGGAAAAUGAACCUGGGUCCUCUGUGCUCUAACCUGCUGAGCCAUCUCCAGCCCCAAGGUUUUAAUUUUUACUUGAGGAAGAGUCUCUGACUUGCCUGUCCAAUUUUCGUAAAGCCUGUUGUGGCCUGUAGGACUGGCUUGAGAGCUGGAGACGUCUUGGGCUGUGUCCCAGUCUUAGCACUUUACUUUCCUAGCCAAACUUAAAAAUAUAUAUACAUAUACAUAUA